CGCGCGGCUCUAUCAACUGCUCCCAAACGCAGCCCCGCGGUUCAGGCGAGGUUAGAGAGCGUCCUCGGCUGAACUCCGCCAAAGAAAGCUACAAAUAGGAGUUGCGACGUUCAGAGUCGAGCACACACGAGCGAUGAAAGGCGGCAGCACGACAGAUAACACCGGUUAACAGUUUAGUUCCGGCAGCGUCUUCUUUAACGUCUCUACUCGGGACACAAACUACUCUAAACACAGCCUUUCAGCCUGACCCGCUUUGAACCAAGAGGGCUUUUCACUGGAGCAUUUGAACGGGAGACGGCGGACGUUUUAAAGGUGGAGCUGUUGUUAGACCAACCACAGUGAAGCUGACCUGCAUUCACCUAAAGCAAGGAAGAAAACCCCAACCAUCUACUGGUCACAAGGAUGUUUGAAGAGGGAUCUCAAGAAAUGAGAGAGCAAAGUUCAGGAGUCCUUCCAGCUGUGGAGCCGGCGGUCGCCACAGGAGUGCUGGAGCUGGACGUUGCAGCCCCCAGUGGUACAAUGUCCUUCACAGAUGAAGCGGUCUCCAUCUUGACCUCGAGCAGCCUGUUGGCACGUUCGCUGUUGGGCCGCACGUCGGCCCUAAAACGCAAAGAGGUGUCACCAGGUGGAAAUUCACUGCGACGCAAGCGCGAAUUCAUCCCUCAGGACAAGAAGGAUGAGGGCUACUGGGACAAGCGUAAGAAGAACAACGAGGCGGCCAAGCGCUCCCGCGAAAAACGUCGCAUGAACGACAUGGUGCUGGAGAACCGAGUGCUGGGGCUGCUGGAGGAGAACGCAAGGCUAAGGGCAGAACUGCUGGCGCUCAAGUUCCGCUUUGGCCUCGUCAAAGACCCUUCCAACACUCCCAUCCUUCCUCUAACCACUGCACCCUGUGGUCCUCAGCCAGCCGCUCCACAUUAUUACAUGCCUCGUGAAGAUGGGCCUCAUCCCGCCACUCCUAUGGUGCACCAUCUGAAUUCUGCACAUGCCGUGCCCCACAUGGGACGAGGUAUCAGAGACGCUGGCAGCAUAUCGGAAGACUCGGGCUUCUCCACACCUGGAGGCUCCAGUGUCGGAAGUCCAGUGUUCUUUGAGGACAGGCUGAGCGACCAUGGCAAGCUGUCUCCCAACCGGGCUGAGGAGCUGGGCUACGAGUACCACCACUCCCCUGUUCCCGAUACCCUUGGGGCACAAGGCUCAACUGGGCACAUUUCCAUGACAUCCAGUCGGGGUGAGCCUGUGGAAGGCAUGAAGAGCCUCCCGCACAAGUUGCGCUUCAAAUGUCCGGGCAGUGGUGACGGCGAGAACCCCAACGACCGGCGCAGUCCCGUGCAGUCCAUGGGUGGACGAGAUGGUCCCAGAAACCAUUUCCCAUCGGGUGCUGGCGAAGGGGCAAGAUACUGGCAGCAGGAGGGGGACGAAGCUCGGAAGAUGCUCGCUCAUCCUCACUGUGGGCCGGCUGGCAAUUACGGUAGCAGCCAGCUGCCUGCAAACUACAGCGACACGUAUUACCACACGGAGAACAGCAUGCUCAAAUCUCAGCUCAGCUCUCUCAGUGAAGAGGUGGCCCAGCUCAAGAAGCUCUUCUCUGAGCAGCUCUCCAAAAUGAACUAGGGAGACUUUGAAGAUCUCAGUUCUUUCCAACAGACUGAAUGCAGGGAAUGUGAUCUGAUCUGAGCCAGACCCAGCCAUAAAUACUGACACACAUUUCUUAUUACAUUACAUCUCAUUACUAGGAGCACAGUGACUGAUGGAGCAGCCAUUGUAUUAUUGUACAAGUUUGAAAUUCAGCCCUAAAAGGCAUGUUUGAAGUCAGUUUAAGUGUAAAGCUGGCAGUAUAGUUCAGAACUAAACGAAAUUCAACUACCAGUAAACACGCUGUUGUAAAUGUACUUAAAAUAAACUUGAAUUAGAGGUUCUGUUCAGCAAGCGGUGCACUCCACACCAUAUGAACACAAACCACUGUGUCGUUUUGGCCCAAAAGACACCACUUUGGUUCUAAAUGUUGAUUUCAUUUGAAGUAUACUGCUGACUUAACAAAACACCUUUGUGGUUUUGAAGAAAAUGUACGUGUGUCACAGUCCCUUUCCUUCACUUUAUUUUCCUAUUUUUCAUAACAGGAAGUAAAAGCAGGGAGUUGAAAUACAGAUUGGACAUUGCUACACUCUUAAAAAUAAAGGCUCCUAAUUGCUUCUAGGCUUGGACAUGCAGUUCUAGGAAAAAGCUUUAAUUAGGAUAGGACCUUUAUAUUAUGUGGAGGUUCUUUAAACUUAAAAAUGGUUGUUCACUUUCACAUAUCUCAUUUACAAAGUCCUUUGAAGAACCAUCCAUUAAAACCAAUGGGUUUCUUCUUUGGAACUGUUCCAAAGAACCCUUUAUAGCACCUGUAUUUUUAAGAGUGUAUCAAUGUAUACUAGACUAAUAUCUACACAACCUCACAAACCGUGUGCUAGAUCCUACUUUAACUUUGUGCACUACAGUCCUUUACACCAGGCCCAUCACAAGCCUCACUGAUCAACCAUACUGAUAGGAUACGCUCUCACAAACCACACAUCUACAGACACACCUGUUGAUCUAGCCCAGUUCUGCUCCACUUCACCCUCCUCCUCGAACACUGUGACUGAACCCAGAGAUGACUUUUAGACUCCUAGAAGCCAGUGCGUCUGGUCAUUGUGAGUCCACAAAACCAAAGUGCUCCAUCCUUGUUCAACACACCAUUCCUGUAUUACGUGUCAACUCUGCUGUUAAACGACAGGUUGAGAUGGAUUUGAGAGUGCUCAAGCAGCCAAUUUGUUGCUGAUUGUGUUUACAUAUAGCUGUGCAGAUUCGAAAGAGGAGCAAAAUAACAGUGUUUUGUUCAUAAAUUGCCAACUUUUACACCAAUAUCAUUCCAAUAUCUGCUGCAAUAUCAGCUGACAAAGAAAAGACAGAGCAGAAUUCAGGUAACAUCAGCGUCCAGAGUCAUUAUAUCUGGUGACACCACAUGAUCAGGAUUAUAUGAUAAACUAACCAAUGAACUGUGGUGGUUAGAAUGUAUUAGGUGUUUGCACAUCAUGGUACAGUAGCUCAGCACAUCAUCAUUUACAUGACUGGAGGUGUUUUCCCCCAUACAACUUGUUACUUCCAUCUGUAACAAAGAUGAUGUGUAACUACUAAGAAAAACACUGUAAUUUGUAUUUUGGUGUUAAAACAUUUGGUGUUGCCUUGUGUAUGUAUCUGUGUGUACAGAGUGUACAUUUUUAUAUAUGUGAAUAAAUAUUUGACAACAUA